AUGAAGUUCACUCUCGCUGUUUCUGUCUUUGCUGUCGGCAUCAUGGCUGCCCCAUUGCCCCAGAUUGGUCUCCCAGGAGGGCUGGGCGGUCUCACUAGCCUUCUUAACGCAGUUCCUCUUCUAGGCGGUUCGUUGGGCGGCUUGGGCCGAACCGGCGAGCCAAAGCCUGUGGCUAAGGAGGAGCUUCAGAAGCCUGUGCUGAUUGAGAAGAAGCCCGCUAUGAACGAGGCGAAGCCUGCGAUGAGCGAGAAGAAGCCUGUUGCUUAA